CUCGUCCCUUUAAAUUGACACUUUCUACUUUUUUUCAUAUAUAAACUCUUCUCAACUCUCAAUUUGCAAUUUCUCGAGUGGCAACGACAAUUUUAAAAAAUUCACAACAAGUUCUGGAAAUGGCCGGCCCGACACCCGUCUUAAAGAACGAUGUCGAGAACAUUGAGAGCGUUCUCAAAAUGCAAGCUUCUCGAAAAUUGAAAGAGAUUUACGUGCACCAUGAAAGAUCUAGGGGAUACCUGACCCGUUCGAGAUCCAAGAUCGCAGACAUGGAUGGAACAGAUGAUGAAAUGGAUUUCUCAUCUGCCCCUAGUACUCCAGAUUCAUACGAAUCAGAGCUCGAAUAUGUUUUUGACGAGAUUCGUAUUGAAAAGCAGAUGGAAAUGGUGAGGAAAAGGCUUGCUGCCUAUUACAAGCCCAAAGAGGAUGAGCCUAAAGAGGUAAAGAAGAAAGAGGAUGAGGACGAUGAUGACACCCAAUCUGAGUCCUACGAAUACAAAGAGGGGGAUGAUGUUCUGUGGGAAUAUUUUAUCUCAGAUCCAAAGCGACGCUACAAAGACUUCUAGGGGAGUAUUCCUCUAUUCUUAUGUGGGUGUAAUAUUUCAAUUAUGUGUCUCCUUAUGUGCUUUAGUCUACUUCCAUACACUAACUGGGAAACUAAUGAUGUUUGCACUGAAUUUUGCAAUAUGACUAUAUGCCUGAGUGGUGUUUGUAAUUUGCUUAUGGUGAGUUUUGUGAUGUU